GCGGCCUUUCCCGCCGGAGCGAUUAGACUGCAGCACCGCCCGCCUGGGAACGCCGAGCCGGGCCGCAGAGGUGGCUUGAAGGGUGCAGCGCGGGCGGGGGAGGGAGCUGAGAUGGCGGCUCUGCCCGCUUCCCGCCUUGUCCCACGUGGUGCAUCCCUUUGGAGACCUUUGGCAGCAUUCUCCGCUUCUGGGCGGGCACUCCAUCAGACGCCAGCAGUCGACGGGACUGACAGUUCUGUUCAGCUUCAGCAGAAGAGCUCAGCCAUCGUCCAGAAGAAGCCGGCCCUUCCCAGCAGCCGAGGCGAAUAUGUUGUCACCAAGCUUGAUGAUUUGAUUAAUUGGGCUCGUCGGAGCUCCUUGUGGCCGAUGACAUUUGGCUUGGCCUGCUGCGCCGUUGAAAUGAUGCACAUGGCGGCCCCUCGCUACGACAUGGACCGCUUUGGGGUGGUCUUCCGAGCCAGUCCCCGGCAAGCCGACGUCAUGAUUGUGGCAGGCACGUUGACCAAUAAGAUGGCGCCCGCCCUCCGGAAGGUCUAUGAUCAGAUGCCUGAGCCACGUUAUGUGGUCUCGAUGGGGAGCUGUGCAAACGGUGGCGGCUACUACCAUUACUCCUACUCUGUGGUGCGGGGUUGCGACCGGAUCGUGCCUGUGGACAUCUACGUUCCAGGUUGCCCGCCUACAGCUGAAGCUCUUCUGUACGGGAUCUUGCAGCUGCAGAAGAAGAUCAAGCGGGAGAAGAGGAUCCAGAUCUGGUACCGCAAAUAGUUUUGCUUAUAUCUCAAGCCGUCGGACUGUAAGCGGGCAUCCUAGGUGCACUUAAGCUGGUUUUCACAAUUCUCUAAUAAAGUUGCUUAUAUAUAUAUGUAAAUACA